AUGUCUGGACUCAUGCACAAGGUCAAGGACGCCGUUACUGGCCAUCACCACGAUUCUACCCACACCUCCAAUACCACUGGUACUCACCACGGCACUCACCACACCACUGCUGAUACCACUACCACCAACCAUGGUCCUCAUCACUCUAAGCUCGCCAAUAAGCUCGAUCCCCGUGUCGACAGCGACCGUGACCACCACCCUGGUUCUCACGCCACGAUAACCCGGGGCCCAGAUGGUGAAAAGGUCGCUCACACUAGCACCCACGGUCCUCGCCCGAUCGAACCUGGCCAUGGCCACUCUGCUGCUACUGGCACUACCAGCACCACCCACGGCCCUCACAACUCCAACAUUACGAACAAGCUUGAUCCUCGCGUUGACUCUGAUGCGGACAACCGCGCCCGGCAUGAAGCUAUUGGUGGAGCCCAUGGCCCUCACAGCUCCAACCUCGCCAAUAAGGUUGAUCCCCGCGUUGACAGCGACAGAGAUAACCGUGCCCACACUGGCGCUGGAGCCACCACCGGCGCUUAUGCCACCGGUGCCCACAACACCUACGGCACAACUUCUACCAACGCUGGGCCUCACAACUCGAACAUGAUGAACAAGGUCGACCCCCGUAUCGACUCGGAUAUGGACAACCGUGCUCGCCAUGAGACCAUGGGCGGUGCCUAUGGCCCUCACGGCUCUAGCAUGGCCAACAAGAUGGACCCCCGGGUUGACAGUGACAUGGACAACCGUGGUGCUUACGGAACCACCGCUACGCAUGGCACCGGCGCCGGAAACACCUUCGGCACCCACACCAGCUCAAACGCCGGCCCCCAUAACUCGAGCAUGAUGAACAAAGUCGACCCUCGCGUCGAUUCCGACAUGGAUAACCGUGCCCGCCAUCAGGCCAUGGGAGGUGCUCACGGUCCUCAUUCUUCCAACCUUGCCAACAAGAUCGAUCCCCGCGUUGACUCCGAUAUGGACAACCGCGGCACUACCCAUGGAACCACUGGCCACGCCUACGGUUCUGGCGCUGGUAUGGGAACUGGCAUGGGAACUGGCAUGGGAACUGGCAUGGGAACUCACGCCAGCACAAAUGCCGGCCCUCACAACUCCAACCUGAUGAACAAGGUGGACCCCCGCGUCGAUUCUGACAGGGACAACCGCGCCCGCCACGAGGCUCUUGCUUCCAACAGCUACAACACUCCUGGCACUACCACUCACACCGCGGGACCCCACAACUCCAACCUGAUGAACAAGAUGGAUCCCCGUGUCGAUUCCGACUUGGACAACCGUGGCACCCUGGGCACACAGCGUGGUUUCUAA